AUGGCUUACGACCGACUCGGGAGUCCUAAUAGGGACGGCCUCCAAUACGAUUCCAGGUCUCCCUCGCCUGGACGGCCCCUACAGCCCUAUAUCCACCCAGGAGAUUCAUUUACCAGACAACAGCCACUUCACUUGGAGAUGCCCAUGGCAUCCAGUGACCGAUUAGCCAUGCAACCCACCUACUCGGUCGAGAAUAUCAACACUUCUCAUGGUCACAAUGCUGCAUAUGAACAACAAUCACCCCAUGCCGCGAGGAAUGACUACAUAGUAUCGCCCGAAGACCAUCAUGACAACUACUACACUCAACCAUACGACCCCAGACCCCAAGGCGAUUACGCUCUCGAUCCCUAUCCCACCCCAGACCAGGGUUACCGAAACGACAAUGAUCAAGUCCCCAUACUCCAGCCUGACAGUGCCUAUGGUCCUGACCCUCACUCUCAACCCGGAAUGGGUGAGUAUGAUGGUUACCAUGACGAUCGACCGACCCCGUCUCCCGCUCCUAUACGCAGGUGGAAAACUGUUAGAGAAGUUGAACUGUUCGAUGGAAACUUGGUCCUUGAUUGCCCGGUCCCACCUACAAUACUGAACAAUCUUCCCAAUGGCAAACCUCUGGAGAGAAAUGAAUUUACCCACAUGAGAUAUUCUGCGGCCACCUGUGACCCCAAAGACUUCUACGAAGAUCGCUUCACCUUACGCCAACGUCUCUUUGCAAAACCUCGACAGACCGAGCUGUUCAUCGUCGUCACCAUGUAUAACGAGGACGAGUUUCUAUUUACGCGAACGAUGAUGGGCGUUUUCAAAAACAUUGAGUACAUGUGUAAUCGACCAAAUAGCAAGACUUGGGACAAAGAAGCCUGGAAGAAAAUAGUGGUGUGUAUCGUCAGUGACGGCCGUGCCAAAAUCAAUGAACGAACCAAAGCUGUUCUGGCUGGUCUCGGUGUAUAUCAAGACGGCAUUGCAAAGCAACAAGUCAAUGGCGAGGAUGUCACUGCGCAUAUCUACGAAUACACAACGCACGUUGGCUUAGACUUGAAGGGCACUCAAGUUCAUCUGAAACCAAGAGGCGCCACACCAGUCCAAUUACUCUUCUGUCUGAAGGAGAAAAAUCAGAAGAAGAUCAACUCCCAUAGAUGGUUUUUCCAGGCUUUUGGCCGUGUACUCGACCCCAACAUCUGUGUCCUGCUCGAUGCCGGAACAAAACCAGGCAAAGACUCCAUCUACCAACUCUGGAAAGCUUUCGAUCUCGAACCUAUGUGUGGUGGUGCUUGUGGCGAAAUCAAGGUCAUGUUGGACCACGGUAAGAAGCUUUACAACCCACUAGUGGCCACCCAGAACUUCGAAUACAAAAUGUCCAAUAUCCUCGACAAGCCUCUCGAAUCGGCUUUUGGUUUCAUUUCGGUCUUGCCGGGCGCCUUCUCUGCCUAUCGGUAUAUCGCUCUGCAAAACGACAAGAACGGUGAUGGCCCUCUUGACAAAUAUUUCAAGGGUGAAACUAUGCAUGCUGAUGCUGGAGUCUUCACCGCAAAUAUGUAUCUCGCAGAAGAUCGUAUUCUAUGUUUCGAGCUUGUCAGUAAACGCAAUUGUCGAUGGAUUCUGCAAUACGUCAAAUCUGCAACUGGAGAAACCGACGUUCCCGAUGGCAUUGCAGAAUUCGUCCUUCAGCGAAGACGUUGGCUCAACGGUUCUUUCUUCGCUGCUGUGUAUGCUGUGGUUCAUGUCUAUCAACUCUGGCGAAGUGACCACAGUGCGAUUCGGAAAUUCAUGUUCCUGAUUGAGUUCAUUUAUCAGACCAUCAACAUGCUUUUCGCUUGGUUCGCCAUUGGUAAUUUCUUCUUGGUCUUCCGCCUCCUGACGGGCUCACUCGGUACCGCAGAUACGCUUGGUUCGGCCGGAAACAUCCUAGGUAUCAUCUUCGAAUUUGUCUAUCUUGGGACACUGCUCUACUGUUUUAUCCUAUCGCUUGGCAACCGACCCCAAGGCUCUAAGAAAUCCUACCUGAUGAUGGUGAUCUUCUGGUCAAUUUUGAUGGUCUGGCUCACAUUCGCGUCCAUCUUUCUGACUGUCAAAGCCAUUCAGAAAGAAGUUAGUGAACCCAACUUUUCAUUCUCCACCAUUUUCAACAACAGCACGUUCUUCGGCCUAAUUGUCUCGCUGGCAAGUACAUAUGUCUUGUGGUUUGUGGCAAGCUUUUUGUUCUUCGACCCCUGGCAUAUGUUCACUUGCUUCAUACAAUACAUCGUCCUUACUCCGACUUAUAUCAAUGUUUUGAACAUCUAUGCCUUUUGCAACACCCAUGAUAUCACAUGGGGAACCAAAGGAGAUGAUAAGGCUGAAAAACUACAGAGCGUCACUAUAAAACCUGGUGGCAAGGUGGAAGUCAUGAUUCCACAAGACGAUGGUGAUCUCAACGCACAAUAUGAAGCGGAAUUGAAAAAGUUUGCAACAAAAGCACCCAAAGAGGUCAGGGUUUUAACUGCAGCUGACAAACAGGAAGACUAUUAUAAGUCGUUUCGAAGUAAUGUGGUGACCGUCUGGAUGUUGACCAAUUUUAUUUUGGUUGCUGCUGUUUUAAAUAUCGCUGGCUUCCAAAGAAUCAAUCCGGAGGAUUCUAAUUCGCAGAACUCAACCAUCUAUCUGACUAUCAUUCUGUGGUCUGUUGCUGGGUUGUCACUCUUCAGAUUCCUCGGAGCUUGUUGGUUCUUGAUCGUGAGAAUGUUCCGUGGUGUAUGA